AUGAUUUACUUCGUCUCUUGGACAAUCGUUGUCUCCUCCCCUUCAAUCGACCAAACCACUCGAUCGAGCCCUCGUCAGAUUUCGACCUUGAAAGUUCUGUGUAGCGCCAACUGCAUAGAAUUCUCAACCUCCAUUUCUUUCGACAAGCUCAUCUUGUGGACCACUGAAUGGACCUCUCCUUUCCUUUUGCGUGCUUUCUUUGGUUACGAUCGACUCUGUCUCCGUUCGAGUUCGGUGUUCGCAGUUCGGAAUGGUGUGGUUGAAGGUGUGAUGAACUGGUUGGGCGGGAACCCACGUCUUCAUGAUCCACCUCUCCACUUACCAUGUCUUCGUCUCCCUCUGUUGGUUUUACCAAACUUUGUUGUUGAUCCUUAUACGAUCUCCCUCGAUGAACCAUACGUCCAGUGCGGAGGUUCUUCGUUCGCAGAGUUGUACGUCCCGGUCGCCGAUGGCACGACAGGAUGCAACUUCUGA